AUGUCGCUUCGCGAGAAUCUCGAGAAGCCUUUGGUCAUCGAACCCAAGGCUGGGCACACCCAUACAGUUAUCUUCCUGCACAGAUACCCCGUGGACACCAGAGAUGAGGACCUCUCUACCAAGGUUCUUUCAAGCAAGAAGCCCGGAUGGUUCAUGACCCUACACGACAAGUUUCCCACCGUCCGAUGGGUUUUCCCACACCCAAAGCUGCACUCCAAGACGCAGAAGGGUCAGCCCCGUUACUAUGAGGACUUGAGUCCCUCUGAUGUAGCUAAACUUGGGCUACUAGACAAUGGAGUUCCCUACAUCACCCAGAUUAUCCUGCACGAGGCACGCUACGUUGGCGCUCUGGACAAGGUCAUUAUUGGUGGCCAGGGGGAAACUGCAGUAGCUGCUCAUGCUGCAAUCAAUCGCUUCCCAGAGAUCCCUUUUGCAGCCAGGAACGACGCCGCGGCUACAGAAGCUUUUAUCCGCCAAACCUUUCCCGGUAAUUGGACUGGAGCAUCCGAUUUCAAGCUUGCCGGCUUUGUUGGCAUGCAUGCCAUCGACGAUGAAGGAAGCCAAGAUCAGCGCACCUCUCUGCUGGUCUCCAAGUGGCCAAACGAUAAGACCAUCAAGGACAACCUGAUUCUGAAUACCCCCCACAAAUUCAUUCACGGCGGGACCAAGGUUGAUCAUGAGCCUGGCGACGGAGCUCGAAUCCAGCAGUUCUCCGACUUUCUUGCAAGCCUCGGCGUUUUCUACAAGGGGAUGGAGAUGGAGACGCAAACCUUGACCCUCUCUGCUGAGCCGGAGAAGGUCGUUCCUCGAUUCACCAAGGCCAAUGAACCGACUACAGAGGACAUCGCCAAGGCUCAGAAGGAGCGUGAGAUUGCUGAACGCGAAAAGUAUCUGGCCCAAGUCAAGAAGCAGAAGCGCGAGGCAGAGGCAGUCAGAGAACGCACGCUGAAGAGAAUCGAGGACGACAAGAUUGAGCGCAGACUGCGACAGCAGCGCGAGAGGGCAAAGCUUUUCCCGACCGGAGACGAAGGAAUAUUGCCAGAUGAAUGCCAGGAGACUGGCCCUUGGAGACGUGGCGCCCACAAUGAUCGAUACGGUAGAUCUUCCCAGAGCAGAUCUCCCAGUUUUGAUGGCGAUUACGAUGAACAACCGAGAAAAUGGCAUCAUGGCAGUGGUCGGGUCUUGGGAGGCGAACCUGUAAAGACUAAGCCAGAGAGAGAGGAGGCAGAGAGUCCCACAAUCAAGGAUGAGCACUAA